UAGCAACUAAACAGUAGCAAGGACAAUGAUAUAAAAUCCAGAUGAAUCUCAAGAAUGUCAAGAUAUCCACAAAAUUUGUCCAACAAUGUUCUGCGUCAAAAAACGUCCAGUUCCACAACUUUGAAUAGCAUGGCAGGAAUGUCUCCAGGGAAAAUUUCUGCAGAUGACAGAGUGAUUUUGGAUGUUUCCAAACUUGACCAAUCCAUUGAUCCAAACGAAACCUUAACUCGACCUGAGGUGAAACUGCUUUAUGUAAACAUUUCUCAUCUUCCUUCCGUUGUCCAGUUUACUCUGCUAACUGUCGCAGCUUUUGGAUUUUAUCUCGUUUACGGCUAUAUACAGGAGUUAAUAUUUCGUCUAGAGGGAUUCCGGCCAUUUGGAUGGUACUUGACCCUUGUCCAGUUUGCCUUUUACACAUUGUUUGGAUUGGUGGAGCUACAGUUCAAAGAAGAUAAAAUCAGAAGAAUUCCGCUGAAGAUGUAUGCUGUGUUAGCUUUUCUGACAGUGGCCACCAUGGGUUUAUCAAACACAUCUGUUGGUUACCUAAAUUAUCCUACACAAGUUAUCUUCAAAUGCUGCAAACUUAUACCUGUUAUGUUGGGAGGAGUCAUCAUACAGCGUAAACGAUACAGCUGUAUUGAUGUAGCUGCUGUUCUUUGUAUGUGUGUGGGUCUGAUCUUGUUUACUUUGGCUGAUAGCAGUGUCUCUCCUUCUUUUAACACCUAUGGUGUUGUCUUGAUCUCGUUAGCCUUGUGUGCUGAUGGGGCUAUUGGAAAUGUUCAGGAGAAAGCACUGAAGCAGUACAGCAGUAGUAAUUCAGAAAUGGUGCUGUAUUCUUACUCUAUCGGAUUCCUGUACAUACUUGUUGGACUCAUCAUCUCACAGUCCUUACUACCUGCCUAUGAGUUCUGUAAAAAUUACCCCAGAGAAACAUACGGAUAUGCUAUGAUAUUUUCUGUGUUCGGGUACCUAGGUGUGAAUGUUGUUCUGAGUCUAGUGAAAACAUUUGGGGCAUUGAUAGCUGUUACAGUAACCACCUGUAGGAAAGCUGUGACGAUUAUACUAUCCUUCAUAUUCUUUACCAAACCGUUUACAUAUCAAUAUAUAUGGUCUGGAUUGAUUGUAAUCCUUGGAAUUUAUCUGAAUGUGUACAGUAAAAACAAAGUGAAAAUAGAUGCCGUAUUAUCUCGUAGCUGUGAAUGUAUUCUACUGAAGGUCAAGGUGAAAAAAUCCUACAAACCAUACACUAGUGCUUUGACUGAGGUAUGACUGAAGCAUGUUUUCCUGGAGGAAUGGAAUUUGCUCUCAAGAAAUUUCUUCAGCAACCAGGUUGUUGUGUGCUUGUAACAACAGAGAUAUCCCUAUUUACAUUGUGUACUGCCAAGUGUUCUUUAUAGAGAAGAAAAUCUUACCAACAAAUUAUAUUUAUUAACUUUUACAUACAUCACUCUUGAUGGCCCUGAAGUGUGUGAGGAGUCUCGCUGUGAGAGGAAACUGGGGUACAAGUGUAUUAGACCCCUGAAGUGUGUGAGGAGUCUCGCUGUGAGAGGAAACUGGGGUACAAGUGUAUUAGACCCCUGAAGUGUGUGAGGAGUCUCGCUGUGAGAGGAAACUGGGGUACAAGUGUAUUAGACAAACCUGAUAUAGUGUAGGUGAUCCUGACCCAAUACUUUCACAUCAAAUCAGGGAGUUUGGUCACCUAUUAAAGAGAAAGUCAAGUGUACAUAUGUUUCACCAACAAACCAACCACAAGAAGUCUUCUUUUUCAUCAAUUUUAUUAUAACUGGGUGUUGGCAUCUUAGUCAAUUUAAAUCUUUUCUUACAGAUGUUCACAAUCCAUUUCAUUCUCAAUGUGAAUAAUUGAAUUUUACUAUAACUCUUAGAGGGCCAUCGACAAAAUGGUUUGUGGUAUUAAGAUAAAGAUAUUUAAAACUUU